AUGUUUUAUACGAAUCGUUUGUGUGAACCGGACUUUACAAUUGAUUCGGCAUUUGUGGACAAAUACUGUGAUUUGGGAUCAGAUGUCAUCACUCUGUUUGCGGACAACACUGUCUAUCAAUUGACUAUCAAUACAACGGAUCCCAUAAAUCCUGUCUUUGUAUACAACAGAUCUCAACCAUUGAAAGAGUGGUCAAAAAGAUAUAUAGGAGAUUUCGUUAAGUUUGGUCACAGUUAUUAUCAUUUAAUCCCUAAACUCAAGAAUAUAACCUAUAAUAAGCUAACUAUCGAUGAGAUUCGUAGAUAUUUGUCACAAACGACGGCCGGCUUUGCAUUCAAUGACUAUUUCUAUUUGUUUGCCGGCAAUCGUGUCUGUCGUCUCAAUUACAAGACUUUCAGAUUUGACGACAACUGUUUGACACAAACCAUCGAUCAGUGGAUACGUAGAUAUUUGUCACAAACGACGGCCGGCUUUGCAUUCAAUGACUAUUUCUAUUUGUUUGCCGGCAAUCGUGUCUGUCGUAUGCAUAACACGACUCUCAGGUUUGACGACAACUGUUUAAAUCAAACCAUCGCUCAAUGGAUUGGUUGUGGAAAUGAAGAGAUAGUGUAA